AUGGGUCCAUCGAUGGAUUAUAAACAAUUGAUCGCCGAAGGGGCUCAAAUCAUCGAUGUUCGUUCGCCAUCGGAAUACAAAGGGGGACAUAUAAAAGGCUCUAUAAACAUUCCAUUGCCCGAAUUAUCGGCCAAAAUCGGUCAAAUCAAAAAAGACAAAGCGGUAAUAACUUGUUGUGCCAGCGGAAUGCGCAGUGGAUCGGCCAAAUCAAUGCUUCAAGACAAGGGCUAUACGGUAUACAAUGGGGGCGGAUGGGCCUCAUUGCGGCAGAAGCUGUCU